AUGAUUUCCCCACCUACCGAGCCUUUCUGCCAACAGCUGUCUUUCUCUUUCCUUUCCACAUUUUUCAUAGUCUUUCUCUUUCCUUUCCCGCAGUUUGUCUUUCUCUUUCCUUUCCAUGCAGUUUGUCCACCCGCAGUUUUUCAUAGUUUGUCUUUCUCUUUCCUUUCCCGCAGUUUGUCUUUCCUUUCCUUUCCCGCAGUUUUUCUUUCUCUUUCCUUUUCCAUAGUUUGUCUUUCUCUUUCCUUUCCACAUUUGUUUUCUCUUUCCUUUCCCGUUUGUCUUUCUCUUUCUCUUUCCCGCAGUUUGUCUUUCUCUUUCCUUUCCCGCAGUUUGUCUUUCUCUUUCCUUUCCCGCAGUUUGUCUUUCUCUUUCCUUUCCCGCAGUUUGUCUUUCUCUUUCCUUUCCCGUUUUGUCUUUGUCUUUCUUUCCUUUCCGCAGUUUGUCUUUUCUCUUUCCUUUCCCAUAGUUUGUCUUUCUCUUUCCUUUCCCGUCUUUGUCUUUCUCUUUCCUUUCCCGCAGUUUGUCUUUCUCUUUCCUUUCCCGCAGUUUGUCUUUCUCUUUCCUUUCCCGCAGUUUGUCUUUCUCUUUCCUUUCCCGCAGUUUGUCUUUCUCUUUCCUUUCCCGCAGUUUGUCUUUCUCUUUCCUUUCCCGCAGUUUGUCUUUCUUUUCCUUUCCCUUGUUUGUCUUUCUCUUUCCUUUCCUUUGUCCUUUCACAGUUUGUCUUUCUUUUUCCUUUCCCGCAUUUUUUCUUUCUCUUUCCUUUCCACGUUUGUCUUUUUUCUUUCCUUUUCCACAUUAAUGCUCUCUUUGUCUUUCUUUUCCACAAUUUCUUUGUUUUGUCUUUCUUUUUUCCGCUUUGUCAAUCUUUUUUUCUUUUCCCGUAGUUUGAUUAUUUUAUUCCUUUCUUUCUCUUUCCUUUCCCGCAUUUCUCCCUCAAAUUUUCAUCUUUUCUUCAAUGAUUUGUCUCCCUUCUCUUCUGUAUAUCUUCAUUCAUAUUUUUCAACUUCUUGUAUAUUUUUCCUUCAAUAUUGUUUUGCUUCAUCAUUUCUCUAUUCGUAUUUCUUUUCUUUGACAUUUCUUCUUUCAUAUUUUUUCUUAUCCUUUCACAUUUCACUCUUUCUUCAUCAGUGUUUUUGCCUUCCUUUUCUUCAAUUUUUUUCCUAUUUUCCUUUGGCAUUUCAUCUCACAUUCUUUCUUUUUAUUCUUUCAAAUUUUCCCUCUUUAUACACAUUUUUUUCUCUUUUUCUUCAAUGUUUCAUCUCCUUUUGCAUUUUUUCUUUCAUAUUUUUUCUUAUUCUUGUACACUUUUCUUUUUCCACAUUUUUCUUUCUUCUUCAAUGUUAUCUUUUUCUUUCCUAG